AUGUGGGCAGUACUAGGUCUCUUGUUUGUCACAGUGUGGCCAACUGUUGCUCAGGUUCAGCUCAAAGGGCAGAUUGGGCAAAAUGUAACCUUUAAUUGCCCCCACAACGAAAAGAAAAUUAAAUUAUUCUACCUUCAGAAGGACCAGACACUUGUGAAUGGCUUCCAUGCAGAAAAACCUCUACAAACCCCUACAUGGGAGAACACCGAAGUGGUCAACUUCACAACUGUGCAUAUGUACAGAUUAAAUAUCUCACACCAAGGAACCUAUCGUUGUAUUAUCCAAUACAAUAACAAGCAGCUUGAUGAUACACAACACAUACACCUCAGUGUCACAGCCAACUACAGCAAGCCUAAAGUCUCUGUGUCCUGUGAUAAAAAACAUGAGUCGGGCGGUUGCCUGGUUAGAUGCGACUCACAAGGUGGCUUCCCACGCACCAAGAUGAUGUGGAACGGACCUGCGACUUGGAAUACCAGCCACCAGAUUUGGAAAGUUUUGAACAGCAGCGAACAUCAAGAUAAAGACACAAUGUUGUUCACCAGUUCCAGUACUGCAUGUUUCAACUGCUCCUACGGGAAGCAAGAGUUUCUCAGGUGCUCUGUGGGUGACGUCGAGUCAAACAUGUUCUCAGUCUGUGAACCUCCGCCUGACCCCGGCAACCAUGAUGUGAUAUUAAAAGUCAUCGGGGGAAUCUGUGCAAUCUGUGCAAUAGUGGUUUUCAUCCGUUUGGUGGUAUGGGUGCUCCUGCGUAAAUGCAGGAAAGGAAGACGAACAGGAGAUCCAGCAGGAAGUGUGAUGCCUGAGGAGGUACUGACCCUCAAUGACGUGAAAGGAGGGAAAGAAGCAUCUUGAGUGGCGAACUGGAAAAGAAGAAUAUCUGAUUUUUAAUCUUAAAAAUCGUACAUCUUCUUUCUAGAAUCUAGAAAAAAAAACUGUACGUCUCUCAAAUGUACAUUACAUUUGUGACUGACUGGGGACUCACAAGUGACGGUAUCCUGUCAUCAUCACACACUGACACUUGUGACUUUUAAGUGUUUGAGGAAGUAGUCAUUAGUAGUAUCAAUCUGUUGGUGAAGUACGAAGUGUCACACACAAACUGGCUUCUCAAAAAAAAAAAAAAAAAAAAAAAAAGGACUUUUCUUGUGGCUUUGUGAUGAGAUCGUCAUACUGGAAAAACGUCUAUGGGAAAUACUUCUUUCCAGCACUGUGAGGAAUACAAUCAAAGGAACAAAUGAUUGUAUUUAAAGCUGAAUUAAACUAGAUUAAUUGUAUAGUUGACUGUUACACUGACCUAUAUGUGUAUGCUAACUGUUGUUGUACUUGCAGGAAAUCACCCUUUUUGGGCUGUGUUGCAUUUUUAAAUACAAUGUAUUGUUGUUGCACCUCAGGUUUCCUUAACUUGCAUCCUCAAAUAGUCAGGCAUUAAGGUUGGUUUUAGUGCUUGGCUUUGUAGGAAUAGAUAUAUUUUUAUAUUUUAUAAUUAAAUAACAACAGAACAGUCUGUGUUUGUCCUGUUUG